AACGCCCAGCAUGCCUCUCGCUGACUCCUUUCAACUCAACACCGGAGCUAAGAUACCUGCAGUUGGGUUUGGCACAUGGCAAGCUGCUCCCCACGAGGUCGAGAAAGCUGUUGAAGAAGCGUUGAAGCAGGGAUACCGCCACAUUGAUGGUGCAGCAAUCUACCGCAACGAGAAUGAAGUUGGCCUCGGUAUCAAGAAAUCAGGAGUGAAGAGAGAUGAGAUCUUCUUAACGGGAAAGCUUUGGAAUCGGGACCACAGACCGGAAGACAUUGAGAAAGCCUUGGACAGUUCACUCAAGGACUAUGGCACCGACUACCUAGACCUGUACUUGAUGCAUUGGCCAGUUGCCUUCCGCCCUGGUGACAAAUGGUUUCCACUGAAUGAAGAUGGCGUUUUCGAUAUCGACACCGAGUACCAAACUGACGAGAAGAUCGCCGAAACGUGGAAUGCCAUGACCAAGCUUGUGGCCACGGGCAAGGUCAAGGCAGUCGGUGUUUCCAACUUCGACAUCAAGAGAUUAGAGCACCUCCUCAAGAACACCAGCGUCGUACCUGCUGUCAACCAAAUCGAGGCUCACCCAUACCUCCAGCAACCAGAGCUGACAAAGUACUGCAAAGAUAGAGGCAUCUUGGUCGAGGCAUAUUCACCUCUCGGCAACAAUCAAACCGGCGAGCCACGAACCGUCGACGAUCCCAAGGUCCACGAAAUCGCAAAGGCAGUUGGCCUCGAUCCAGGUGCCGUCCUGGCUGCAUGGGGUGUUCAGCGAGGUACUGUGGUGCUUCCCAAGUCUGUCACGCCUUCAAGAAUCGCUGCGAACUUGAAGGUCAAGGAACUCCCAUCAGAGCAUUAUGAGGCAUUGAAUGCGUUGGAGAGACACAAGAGGUUCAACUUCCCUGCUCGGUGGGGAGUUGACAUUUUCCACGAGGUCGGUGAUGAGUACGUGCAAAAGGCUGCGAAGGAGACUGCGGCCGAGAACAAGGAGAAGUUCACUAUUUAGAUAAAAAGUAUCCGAUACAGAUUAGAAGGGAGCAAGGAAAUCAUAGAGACUGGGGUUCUCGUCC